UUCCCAAGGAGCUGCGAACGGAGGGGUUUGGCAUGGAGAAGGGAGCUGCCCUGCGUCUCACGCUGAUCAUCGCCACCCAGGCUCUUGUGUCCCCCUCCAUUGCAAACCCCGAGGAAUGCCGAGAGGGCGAAUACCUGGAUGACCAUGGCGAAUGCAACCCCUGCAAGGAGUGUGGCCCUGGAUUCGAACUCUCCAAGGAGUGUGGCUAUGGGGAAGGGAAGGAGGCUGAGUGCACCCCAUGCCAGCCCAGGAGGUUCAAGGACAGGUGGGGACCGCAUGGCUGCAAGUCCUGCCUCUCCUGCUCACUGAUCAACCGGGCCCAGAAGUCCAACUGCAGCACAACCUCCGAUGCCACCUGUGGAGGCUGCUUCCCCGGCUUCUACAGUAAAACUCAGAUUGGUGGAUUCCAGGACCUUGAAUGUGUGCCAUGCACAAAGCAGACCCCACCUUCCGAACAACAGUGCCUUUCUAGAAUUGGCUUAGAAGAAAGUUCCACGGAUCCUGCCCAAGACCCAGCUCUGGUGGUGCUCACAAGCAGCGCCCUGGCACUCCUGGCGUUGGUCCUCCUGACGGUCGCCAUUCUCUACUGCCAGCAAUUCUGGAAGAGCCAGUUCCAACAGGUGUUUUUGAGAAGUCAGAAUGUCUCUGGGCAGAGAGUGACAUUUCAGACAUCUGCUGGGCCAGCUGGUUUCCACGACCUGCCGCCAGAUGCUUGCUCCUUGGACCUCAGGAACUUCAGGUCUCUCUACAGACCCCCAGAAGGCCCUGCCGGAGCUCUUCAGUUUAUCCCAGGAGCGGAUGUUUCUGGAUCCCGCCUCCCGCAUCCACAGCCUGAUACAGAUUGGUCCAAGCUGGUGACUGUCACUUCCAAGACCCCCACAGCCAGGAGCCCCUUGGAGACGCAGCCCCUGAUGGGGACUUCUGGGCUCCACAGCUGCUCCUUCCACGGGGGCUUUUCCGAGAGCAGCGAGGACCACAGCAGAGGUCCUGAUGGCCUGGCCCAGCCCGCCUCCUGCGCCAGGGAAUCUCAGCAUUGCUGGCCUCACGCCCCAGUGGAAUGCACUGAGAUGGAUCUGCAGGCCUUCUCCGCCUGGGCCGGGAAGGGGGCGGCCGACAGGAGCGCCAGGCAAGCAGAAGCCGCCACCAGAAGUGCUUCUUCCAUGGUCUGCCUGCCCAGCAGCCCAGGCUGGGCUCUCUCUGGAAGUGGCUUCAGUCUUGUGCUCCCCCUUCCAAAACCAGACCCUUGA